AUGGUGUGCUGGGUGGCUUUCCCGAGACCAGCGAACCUGACUUGCGCGAAUCCAGGCGGUUUCUGGACCUCCUGUUCCGCAGCCCGCAUCCGCCCGACCGGGGCACCGUUCUGGACUGCGGCGCGGGCAUCGGCAGGGCCGGGAAGCACAGGGUGGGUCGGUUCGACGUGGUGGACCUGGUUGAACCUAACGCUCGUCUGUUGGAGGAAGCCAAAAAUCAGCAAGCUGCCACGAACACCAACGGCAUCCUUAACACAGGAAGUCCUCCACCAGCACCACUCAGCAGGUACGACGUCAUCUGGGCCCAGUGGGUCCUGCUGUAUCUGA